AUGAAGCUUUCUUCGUCCCUCUUUGUCAUCGCCCAGAUGGCCGGCACCGCUUUCGCCGCCCUGAGCGGCGACGGCGCCAAGUGCGAUCUCAACAUUGAGUGCCUCAGUGGCUACUGUAUGCCUCACACCGGCUCGUCGCAGUACGUUUGCUGGGGCCAGCGCCGCAAGGGAGACUGGUGCAAUGUCAACUACACCGGAACUGUGUGCGACAACGGUUUGAAGUGUGUCUCUUACCAAGGAAGCUGGUUCCUUGGAAAGUGCACUUAA